AGAAAGGUUCCUCCUCCUCCUCCACCUCCUUCGACCUUUAAGUCAUGAACUCUGUUUUCUCUGUCUUCACUUCGCAUUCCCGGGGAACCGAGCUGAAAGGCGGAGACGACAGAUCAGAGAAAUGUUUUUCCCGUUCCUCCAGAUGAGCCGUGACGACCGACGCGCGAGAAAGCUGUAUGUUUAAGGACAUGUUUUCAUUACCUUUCGGUUUCUGUGAGGUGACUCAGACCAGAUGAAGCCUUGUGUGAGAUGAUCAGGAUGAAGUUCAAACAGAGCUUCAUGUUUUUAAUUUGUCCCAUCAUGGUGCUGAUAUUCUUCUACUAUUCGUCCUGCAGACUGCACUUACGGAUCACAGUCCAGAAAUCUCAGGCUGAUUUGGAUAGGUUACCCUCCGCGGGACGGAAAGUAGCUUCAGAGUACGACAAGCAGGGAUUCCUUACCAAGUUUGACAGAAAACUGCCUCUGGAGCUGCAGUAUAAAUAUGGUAAUCUCAGUAAAGGCGAGUGUAAACCGGGUUACGCAGAAGCCAAGAUGACUUCAAUCUAUCCAAAGUUUUCAAAACCAGCGCCUAUGUUCCUCGAUCCAAAUUUCAAGAGGCUAUCAAAGAUUAGCGGUUACCUGCCUCCAUUUGGAGUAAGAACACAAGAAAGGAUCAUCGAUCAUAUUUUACAAGCUACAAAGAGAUAUUCACUAGGUUCAGAACUGGACAGAUUAAGUUGUAAGAAGUGUAUCAUUAUUGGCAACGGAGGCAUUCUGUUCAACAAGUCCCUGGGCUCCCAAAUCGAUCAGUAUGAUGUUGUCGUACGACUGAACGAGGCUCCAGUCGCCGGGUUCGAGAAGGACGUGGGCUCGAAGACCACCAUGCGUAUCACGUACCCCGAAGGAGCCAUCCAGAGACCGGAGCGCUACGAGAAGAGCUCGCUUUUCGUCUUAUCUGCCUUUAAACUCAUGGACUUCAAAUGGCUGCGUCUCAUGGUGUUCAAAGAAAAACUGAAUGCUAAUGAAAAUGGCGCACACAUCUGGCCUCUCUUCUCUCGUGAUGAAAGCCGACUCUGGUUCACUCAGCUCAAGGACGUUUCCCCAGCGCACAGCACUGUAAUAAAAGUCACCGGUGUGGAACUGGUCUUGAGGAGCUGCUGGCCAGAAAAGAUUUAGUGUAGUCUUCUGGUUUUGAAUCAGAUUUUGACUUCCUGAUUCAAAAUUGAGUGUUACACAUUCAACAAAUUCUUCUCCAAUUGAAUACUUUUAGAGAAACGGCUGUAGAGAUUAAUGCAAAGCAAACCAGACGAAGGCCACACACAGGUUGUUUCCUGAAGGUUAGUGGCUUGGAUUUGAUACUCUAUACAGCACACUUUCCCAUGCGCAGCAGCUUGACUCAGUCUUUCUCUUUCUAAAAACACAGAUACCAUGCCUUCUGCCUUCUUUAUCCUUCUCCAUUAGAAUCCCACUGCCAGCCGAAAGGCCAUUAGGGCUAAGAGAGAACUGUAGAAGACGAGAGAGAAAUUAAUUUCUUGAAUCUGGGACACAAGUGUUUUUUGUGGGGGGAAAAGUAAAAUUUUCUAAAUUUAAGGCCAUGCAAAAAAGGAUCCUGAAGUAUAAAAAUGUCUAAUGUGCUGAAACAUUUCUUAUUAUCAUUGUUGAAAACAGCUGGAUAUGUUUUUUUAUUUUCUGAAAUCUUCGAUGAAUUUAAAAUUCCAUAGAAUGGAAUUUAUUAGAAAUAGAAAUCUUUUGUAAAAUUAUAAAUGUCUUUACAGUCGUUUUUGAUCAAUUUAGUGCAUCCUUGCUCAAUAAAAGUCUCGUUGAUGCCCAACUUUUGAGCAGUAUAACCAUGAACCAUGAACUACUAGUAUAUUUUAGAUGCUUUUAAAAGUCUUAAAAAGGAUUUACGUUUCAUUCUCUUAAAAUACAGCUUAUUCUGGAAGGAGAAAAAAAAAUAGUUUCAUGCCAUAGCGUGCGCUUUAAAUAGAUCCGUUACCAUUUACUGAAAAAACAGUGAUUUACUGAACAGACUGAACAAUAAAUGAACCAAUUUGAGUCAAAUUUAUUUGUAAUUUUGCGUAAUGAUAAACAGACAAAAAACUUUGCGGCAAAGACCAGCAAAUUGUUUUCAUUAAAAAUGUCUCUUCCAUUUUGAGAGCACUAUCCAUCACUGACCCGUCCACGUGAGACAUGCUACAAUCACGACUAAUUAACACAAGAAAUUAAGCAGAACGUGUAGCUUCGGUGAAGGUUUUGAAGUGUGCAGACUGUCUUCCGUUCAAAACAUUCAGACAGGAAUACUGAUGAGGAUAAUUGAGAGGUCAGAGAGGAAGUAGAUGUUUUUUCCUUUGUGUGUGUUUAUUGGCCGUAGUCUUUGACGCAGAAAUGCUCUCAUUACUUGAAUCUCUGUUGAUUUUAAAUUAAAUGGCAGGUAUGUCUUCAGAAAGCAAAAGAGCGGCCAAGAUAUCUUGUCGUAAAUGAUGCGUCCCCACAGCUAAAUCAUCAGUUUAGACUAAUGCCACCAUAUGUGAGAUGUUAGGCCUUUAGGAGGUUUGGGUUGCGUCAGCUGUUCUAGCUGUGGACGGGUCGUCGCUGUCCUCUUGCUUUUGUCUCCUCUUUGAAAUCAGCUUCAAACACAGCCGUACAGAAAGGCAAACAUGAGCAGGUGGACAAGGGGUCAAUAAACUAGCUGCUGUUGUCUCUACUGUUAGUGCAGUGAGUCACGUCGAGCUGCUUUGGAUGACUAAUUGCAGAAGAGAAGGAACAUUGAAAGAACAUUUUACAAGAGAAGAUUGCAUUUGAGAAGAUAAUAUUUCAUUUGACUUUGAUGAUAUGAUGCAUCUCAAAAUUUGAGAACAUUCAGGAAUCGUUUUGAGAGCGUAAAAAAUAUGGAGAAUAUAUAAGAAGGUUUGAUGUGACUCGAGAAUAAAGAGAAACAUUGCAAGAAUAUUUCACAAGAUUUAAAAAAAAUGAGUGUAGUGGAAAAGAUAAGAUUUCAUUUUUUUGAUGCGAGACAAAUUUUAGGUCAUUCAAGAUACUUUGAGAUCAUUUGAGAUUUUAAGAUUACAGGAAAUUUAAGAGGAUCUGAUUAUACUCAAGAAGAGAAGGAAAUAAUUUCACAAGAAGAAUAAGAGAAUUAUUGAAUUUGAAAACAAUAUUUAAUUUGAGAUGAUUUGAUGUGAAUGCAAUCGUAGAAUAUUCAAGGUUUAAGAUAAUUUGAGAACAAAGAAGAAGAAAUGAUUUGAGAAGGUAAAUUUAGAAGAAUAGAGAAGGGACUUUUUAAGGACAUUUCACAAGAUGGUUCAAUUUGACUAAGAUUAUUUAAUGUGACUCAAAUUUGAGGCCAAGAGAAGAGAAAUAACAUUUCACAAGAAGAUUAAGAACGUGAUUGAAUUUGAAAAUCUAAGAUAUGACUAAGAUGAUUUGAUGUGACUCAAAUUUGAGAUCGUUCAAGAAGAUCUGAGGAAAAAAAUGGUAAUAUAUGUUUAUCUACUGUUAAUAUACUGUCAGGUUAAGAAGAUCCAGUGUGACUUGAGAAGGAACCUGGCUGAAUUUUAAAAGAUUUAAUUUGAUUUGACUGAAAUUUGAGAUCAUUUGGGAACAUUUAAGAAGAAAACAUUAAAGAUUUGACUUGAGAAGAACAUUUCACAAGACGUUUAAAAACAGAUACGAUUCUGUUCGAUUAAGAUGAUGUGAUGUUACACCAAUUUGAGAACAUUUAAGAAGAUUUGAGGUAAUUCAGAUUUAGUUCAACUCAAAAAGAUAUGAUGUGGCUCUUAAUGUUUGAUUUAACAUACUCAAGCUGAAAACGAUUUCCUGAAUAUAGUGUUUUUCGAACCCUGGUGAACUCCUGUAUUCUCUCUCGCCUUGGGCGCCAAAUAACCUAGAGCCGGCCCUGGAUGGCAAACAUGAGGUCUAGGUAGGGUUCGGAUCAGAGCUCAAGUCUAUGAAUCAUUAGAUGCUUUGUAUGACAUGUUUGGCUUACACACUGCAAUACACUGGUGUGUAUGAGUGUGAAGUGUCCUCAGAGUCUGGUGAGUCAGACAUGAGGAGACAGAGAGCUGGGGGUCAAAGUCGGGGUCAGCGGCCGCAGAAAACCACACUGGUUUAUGAAUACCACAGUGUGUGUCAGUCCACCGGAAACUGAUGGACUCUGAUAACGUCUGCGACUCGCACCUCCAGAGUGUCAGAGCGACCAUUGUUGUGUAUGAGCCGUGGUGCAGGGAAACACAGGGCCCACUCCACGCCCACAGGUUACCCCCUAACAUCAUCACACAAAAAUGUGACAGGACUCUUUUAACCAAAGGAAGGGAAGUUUGGAGUUAAAAACGAAGGGGUUUGGGGAUUUCCCAUCUGAGAAAGUAUGUGAGUGUGUGGAUAACUGACCAUCAGAAAGUUCAGUCAGUGACUGAUUUAUUACGUUGAUUUAAGUCAUGAGUCUUUUUCAGUUUAUUUAGAGAUUCGGGUGUUCAUGAGUAGAUCAACCAAAAGUUUUAAUAAUGAAAAAAACUUUCUGGAAGCAAAAUGCCACUUCUUUUCUCCUUUUACGAAUUGAGUUUUGACAAAACUCAAAAGAAAUUAAACAUACACUAUAAUCUUUAUUCUUCACCCACGUUUGAUAUUGUGUAUAUUUACACCAUGUUGAUAAUAUCAGAGAUGAAAAAGCUUGUUUUUUGAUUUCAUUAACGACAAUGAAAAGACAAAAAAAAGAAACAAUGAUCAUUUAUUUCAAUGAAAACAAUGCAUUGUUAAUUCAUUCAUUAACUAGUUAUGUUUUGCAUUUAUUUAGUUAGUAAGUUAUAAUGACAGCCUAUAUAUUUAACCCCCCAUUUUUUAAAGAUUUAUUUCUACACCUAUAUUAAAUGACUAAAAGAAUUUGGAAUAAUUAUGAAUUGUAUUAUACAUGUAUUAUUUAGCAUUUACUGGGAUUACUUACUUUAACAGUGUGCUGGUUUAUUUCUUUAUAAACCGAUGCAGAACUUUAUGUUUGGUCUGGUUCCUUUGUAAGUGUCUUUUAGAACUUUUAGAACUUUUAAAAGAAUGAUCAUAUCAUAUCCAGAACUUAAUUGGCUGGAAAAAGGGCAAUCAUUGAUGCUCUUAUAUUAUAUCUUAUAUAUACAUAUAUAUAUAUAUUCUUUGGUUUAUCUCAUAAGUUUAAUUUAACAUUUCAACCAAAAUACAUCUUGUUUUGCCGUAGCGCUGCACAUUCAGCAGUGUGGUCAUGGUCAGAUUAGUUUUCCUCUUGUUGCUACGGCAGUGUUGAGUGACCCUCUCUGUGAAACAGCACAAUGAGCCGUUUGGACGCACUACAGCUGCAUCAGCAGACAUAUAUCAGCCAGAGUUGAGAGUCUGUAAUCAUUAGUCAGCUCUUCUGCAGGUCUGUUUCGAGCAGCUCUGUGAUCAGAGAAACUCUGCGAUGUAGGAGGGGGAUGAUUGAUACACGGUCUUCCUGUCUUCUUGUUUUUCAUGGGGCUUUUAAAAGCCCCUCUGCUCUUCACGGUGCAGGGUAUUAUGUCCAUCUCUCUCUGACCGAGCACGUCACAUUUUCCACCUGUGUGUUUAUACGAGUCCAGCACCGGACAACAGAUCGAUUCACCUCUGCUUCAGCGCUCGCUCAGAAUAUGUCAGGAUUUGACCUGCACCUGCUUCCUGCAUCAUGAGGAAUGCCGGCCAGGCCUGAAGUAUAGUGAGGACUUUUAGAAAAUUACUUAAAAAAUUAAUACAUGCCAAAAGUUUGUGGUCAGUAAGAUUUUUUCACACAAAAAAGAUUGGGGUUGAAUUUAAACCACUGAUUCUUAGCAGCCUCAUCUUUCAGAAAUGAAUAUAAAAUGAAUUUACUUUCGCAGCAUCUUCUCGACAUGAUGUUAACCAAACGUACAAGCUACACUGUUUGAGGAUGGGUCAAGUUGUGCAUGGACGGCCAACGUAGAACAUAGGCUAGUGGGAUACUGACGACUCGUUUCGGCUGUUUAGAGUCGAUUCUUUAUUUUGGAAGACAAUAUCUGUAUUUUUAGUGCAUUUUCAGCUCUACAGCUUUGCAGAUCGUUUACAUUGAACAACAGCUACAUUACACACUCCAUGAAAGGCAUAAUAAGUGCACUUUUUAAAUUCUUGGAAAACCGUUUAUGGCGACUGAUAGCUGUGAGCAUAUUAUACCGUGACGCACAUGCUUUGUGUUACACCAGAAAGUAAGGCUCCCUGGGUCAAAGCACUUGUUGUUUUUGUGUAGUUGUGCGACCCUCUGUAAAAGCCUGUCCCUCCCUUGGAAAGAAAACAGGGGCAGGAUGUAAUUACACGGCGUGUUUAUAUGUAGUGCCGUGACUUAGGAUGCUCCAGAAUGUCCCAGGUGUGUUUCGGCUGCAGGUGAAGUGGGCAUCCACUGUGCUCUGUGUUCAGACACGCUCUUGGCUCCAAUGCUUCACCCUUUAUAUUCUUUUAUUCAAAGUGAGCGGCUUAUUUACUCAGCUGAGAGCGUUAUUCAGCGGCCGCGGGGGACUGUUCUGUGUCAGCUUCACUUUCUGCGCUUAUAAUAGCGUAUUCACAGAGCAGGAGUGUUUGAAAAGAAAAGCUGGUAAAGACCGGCAGCGAAGUCACGCAGGUUUAUUCGUUUCACCUGUUUCUUGUAUUAAUUCAACUGUCUUCUGUGUUAUGCUCUUGACGUC